UGUCCGUGCUGCUUUCUGGAUGAACAUUCAAAAUGGACUCAUCUGGACUUUCAUUUUACAUCACUGUACUUCACUUCACUUUAAAUCACGAAGAUGACAGUCCACAGUUCAAGGACAUGGACAGGAGGAAAGCAGAUUUUACAUCGUUGCCUUUGUCAAGACCUUUUGAACUGCUACCUCUUUGGACUUCUCAUGACAACAUUUCAGGAGGUAUUGCUGCACAUGAUUAUUCCAGGAACGACUGACAUGGUCCUCUUUGAUCCUGAACCAAGCAUGGUGAGAAGAGGAAGUUCUCUGCAAAGGUAUUGUGAUCGAAAACUCCACAGGACAGAGAGGAACAGAAUAAAUGGACAGAAGAGAAGUAGGGUGAGUUCGGAGAGGCUCCGGGCCCAGUCCCGUGUUGCAGCGAAGAGCCGAAGGGAGAGAGAGAGCCGUCUGUUUGGGGAGCUGGCAGCAUGGCUACCGCUGCCUCCCGGUCUGACCGUCCACAUGGACAAGGCUUCCAUUGUCCGAUUCACACUGGGCUACCUGCGUCUGAGAGCAGCUCUGGAUCAAAGAGACUACUCGGCACCAGAGACCAGGGUCAGCUCUGACACAGCCCAAUUCUCCGUGCACGACUGCCAGCCAAUGGAUGAGCAAUUCUCUGAGGAGAUGGUGCUUGAUUCUGCUCUUGGGGGUUUCAUGGUCUUGGUGUCCGAGAAUGGUCAGAUAAUCUACGCUACUGGGGACAUCCAUACACACACUGGGCUCAACCAGAUGGAUGUCAUUGGUAGGAGUCUGUUUGACUUCACACACCUCUGCGACCAAAAGGAGGUCAGAGAUAUCUUCUCAAAAAACCUAGCUCCCAAUGGAAUACAGAAAUACGAUUUCCUCCUCCGCAUGAAGAGCUCUCUGACCUCUCAGGGUCGAGCUGUCAACCAAAGACACACAAACUGGAAGGCGAUUCACUGUACUGGAGUUAAAAAGAAAUGUCCUCUUCCAGAGACCGCCUGCCUUGUCUUAUUGUGUCGACCCCUACCAAUUUCCCAGAACAUGGCCAGGGACGCCAGCUUGAAUCACAGAACCUUCCUGACCAGACAUAGCCCAGACAUGAGGUUCACCCACUGCCAAUCAGGUGUCAAGGAGCUGACAGGAUACACAGAAAGUGAACUUCAAGGCCAAUCUGUGUAUCAGUAUUACCACGCCUCCGACUGCCAGAACAUCUACAAAACACAUCAGAACUUGCUCUCUAAGGGCCAGGCGUCUCUGAGCAGGUACCGACUGCUGCUGAAAGCAGGUGGUUAUGUGUGGGCAGAGACAGACGCAUCAGUGGUCUACAACCAGAUUGGGGAGGCCCAGAGUAUCGUCUGCCUCAACUACAUUUUAAGCGAGGCGGAGCUACCAGAGAUGACGUUCUCACUGCAGCAAACCGAAGCAUUAUUGAGGCCCUUUUACUCUGAACUUGAGGUUGGGCCCACGGUGCAGAAUGAACCCACAGCAGAUGACCACGUUCAUCUAAUCAACACAACAGAAUCACCUCCAGAACACCAGGAUAAGAUACAAACCUAUCUUGAGCUCAAACAACAGAAUCAAAUGAACACAAACUCCCUCUCUGAAUUAUGUGAGCUGGACCUAGACUCGUUGGCUCCAUACAUACCUAUGGAUGGAGAGGACUUCCUCCUCACCCCAGUUAUAAACGGGAUCUUAGAUAUGUCAGAGGGCAAGCCACCCAACAAUGUUCAUGUCAUACCACCUGGUUUGGAGGACCAUUCUUCGAAAGUCCAGACAGUAGCUCCAGAUUUUCCUCCCCAGCUUCAGAUGAACAAUGUUCAGAUGAAGGCCCGGUGUGACUCAGAGAGGACACACACAGUGAAGGAAUCAGAGUUUGGGGACUGCACACAGUCAGUCUACAGAAGAGGUUGUAGUGGAUUCAAUGAGGGCAAUGAUCAUGACAGAUGGGAGGAUCUUGUCUUGACAGAAUGUGGGAGUGACAAAUAUUACGCAUCGUGUAGACAUCCGCGCGGAUUUGUGGCUGCCGCACGACUGCCUCAGCGGCCUGUUAAAUGUUUCCCCCUUCACCGUCCAGACGGAUCCACCUACCUGUGCAGACCACCUCCAAGGCAAGUGUUGUGGAAAUGCACACAACAGACCACAAAAUCCACGAAAUUCAAUGAUACUGACCAGAGGUCCACAUGCCAUAAUCCCUUUAGCCUACCGGUGCUUAGCCAGGUGGACUGUGAGGGGAUUCUGGGGCCAACCAGCUGCCUGCUCCAGGGGUCAGAGAUUACCUCCGUCCUGGACCAGGCUGCCUUACGAUUCUCACACCUGAAAAUGGUGGCAAUAAAUCAGCUCACAACCAAACAUGCCCACAUGUACACACCCAGGCCAGUUACUAAAAUCAACUGUGGAACAUCAACUUUGUACGCUGAAUGGAUAACAUGAACUUUGUAUAUUUUUGGAACAAAUCAUGCCAGUCUUUCUGUAAGGCCCAUUUAUUUGUCAUGAUAAAACCUAUUGUGAAUUACUAUAAUGGACCUAACAUACAAACAAACUGUGAUGUAUUAGCCUACUACAUACUGCACUUUAUUGCAAUGAUAAAGAUAACGAUGUUUAACUGUAUGUGCCCUUACAAUCAAUCAUUUUAUUAGUUUUUAUUUUUUUAGGUGAUUUUACCCUUUUAAGCAAUGAGCCAGAGAAAGUAUGAUAAUGUCUAAGAGCCAGAUGCCCCAAUGUGGCCCUUCACUUGGGGUGCAGUGAUUGUUAUAUAUUAUGUUUAUGGGCCAAAAAUAGCUCAGUUGGUAGUGCACGGCACCUACAACUCCAGGGUUGUGGAUUUGAUUAUAAUGUGGGCCAGUAUGACAGUUAAUGAAAAUGUUUGCAAUCCUUACUGCAAGUUGCUCUGGAUAAGGGAGUCUGCUAAAUAAGCUUGGUGUACAAUAUCUUUUGAUCCACAAAAUGUUUGAUUGCAA